UAAAUAGCUACAUUCAGUCGCCUGAGCGGAUGUCAGCGGAGUGAAGUGCGGCCGUUUUUAGUGCGCUUGAUGAUCUUUUAAUUUUUUUGGGUAAAAGGCGAAUAAUGUCCGAAACGACGGAUAUCCACACGAUUUUGGCCCCAAAAACAAAUCUGAAUGCCGUCUCUGACAGUCCCGUCACCGACCCCGCUUCCGCUGCUAAGGGUCUGGAAGAGACAAAUGCUUUCGUUGGACAAAGAUCCAAGUUGGACGCCAAGAGUUCAAGCGCACUAAAAAAAUCGAGCAGGUAUCGAAGCAGGUCGCUUUCAGCUUCUUCUACAGAUUCUUACAGUACAACUUCUUGUUCCGGUACAAGUAGCGAUGAUGAGGAUGGUUUAUCUCCGAGAGAAAAAGUGCAGAAGAAUUCGAAGGGAUUUUCAGAUUUUUGUGUUCGUAACAUAGCUCAACAUGCUUUUGGACGUAGAGAAAUUGAUAUAGCUGAACAAGAAAUGCCCGGAAUUAUGGCUUUACGGAAACGCGCUGGGGACGACAAACCUUUAAAAAACGCCAGAAUUAUUGGUUGUACUCACAUCAACGCCCAAACAGCAGUUUUAAUUGAAACUUUAAGCGCUUUGGGAGCAAGCGUUCGUUGGGCGGCUUGUAAUAUUUAUUCUACAUUGAAUGAAGUUGCCGCUGCUUUGGCAGAAGCUGGAUUUUCAAUAUUUGCGUGGAGAUCCGAAACGGAAGAAGAUUUUUGGUGGUGUAUCGAUAAAUGUGUAAACGCUGAAAAUUGGCAGCCCAAUAUGAUUUUAGAUGACGGUGGAGAUGCGACACAUUUAAUGCUUAAGAAAUAUCCGGCAAUGUUUAAAAUGAUCAAAGGAAUCGUUGAAGAAAGUGUAACCGGCGUCCAUCGUUUAUAUCAACUAUCAAAAUCUGGGAAAUUAACCGUCCCUGCAAUGAACGUUAACGAUUCAGUAACAAAAACUAAAUUCGAUAAUUUAUACAGUUGUCGCGAAUCGAUAAUUGACAGUUUAAAACGUUCUACUGACAUUAUGUUUGGGGGAAAACAAGUAGUCGUUUGUGGGUAUGGAGAAGUUGGAAAAGGUUGUUCUCAAGCUUUAAGAGGAUUAGGUUGUAUUGUUUAUAUUACAGAAAUCGAUCCAAUUUGUGCUCUUCAAGCCAGUAUGGAUGGAUAUAGAGUAGUGCGAAUAAACGAAGUAAUCCGCAACGUCGACAUCGUAAUUACAGCAACCGGAAAUAAAAAUGUAAUAACACGCGAGCAUAUGGAUAAAAUGAAAUCGGGGUGUAUCGUUUGCAAUAUGGGGCACUCAAACACAGAAAUAGAUGUUAAUAGUCUUCGAACUCCAGAUUUAACAUGGGAAAGGGUUCGUUCGCAAGUUGAUCACGUAAUUUGGCCCGAUGGGAAACGGAUAAUUUUAUUAGCGGAAGGUCGGUUGGUCAAUUUAAGUUAUUCAACAUUGCCUUCGUUUGUUGUUUCGAUUACAUCGGCCACACAAGCUUUAGCAUUGAUCGAAUUGUUCAAUGCGCCACCAAAUCGUUAUAAAUCCGACGUUUACUUACUACCGAAAAAAAUGGAUGAAUAUGUUGCAACGUUACAUUUACCAACGUUCGACGCUCAUUUAACGGAGUUAUCCGAUGAGCAAGCUAAAUAUAUGGGACUUAAUAAAGCAGGGCCUUUUAAACCAAAUUAUUACAGAUAUUAGUGAAAAUGUUAAGCAUAGCGUUAAAAAUUUAGAUGGUGAAGGCAGGAUGGUGUGAAAAAAAAAACAUUUAAGGUUGUAGAAAGGAAAUAAUACACUGUAUUAAUUUUUAUUUAUUAAUUUAAUUUUUGACUUAAUGUAUAUCAAAAGAUCGCUUUAAAUUCCUAAUUAAAAAAAAACUUGCCAUUAUUGAAAGGUACCUGCAUCUCUGGAGGAGAAUUUAGUCAAUUGAGUCUGGAUUAGAUUAUUUACUUUUUUUUUUUGUUUUGUUUUUGCGUUCUUUUAUUUUAAUUUGUUUUCUCAAUAUUAUUUUUGUGAGUUUUACAGCAAAACGAAAUCACCAAUAGUAAUUCGAUAGUUUUACUUUUAGCAAUUAGUUGAAACAUUUAGUCAAUUAGCGUGCAAACAAAAUGAAUGAACGUAUUGUGAUUAAAGCCGGCAAUUAAAACUGAAAACUACAAAAAAAAUAAAUGAAUGGUUGGUAGUCAAGAAUUUGGAAACGGGUGUUGAUACUGCUUAGAAAAUAAAAAAUAACCUCAUUUUUGUUAAGUGUUCAGUAUUUUAUUAAGUAUUAAAUAUUAUUAUUAUGUAUUCUUUUUGUUCAAAUUUUUUUCUUGUAAUGUUUUAAAUUGAAUUGAGUAUUGUAAUGAUGUUACAAUAAACAUGAAAAAAUUGUAUAAGAAA